UAAAAAAGAAGAAAUAAAAAGUUGUAGUCUGUCACAUCAAUCUAUCAUAAUAAUAUUGACAUUCAUCAAAACCGUCAACGGAGUGUUAUAAGCAAAUUAAUAACAAGUGUUCAACAUAUUUCUAUUUCAAAGUAUAAAUCUGAGGAUUACUUUUGAAAACGGUCAUUCUAAAGUUACGUGUAGUGUGUGCUAUAAUUGCACGAUCCAUGCUGCACCUACAAACGACUAUUUUCAAAAUUAUCGAAAGAUACGUGAGUUGGACCUUCAAUAAUUGCACUGCUAAUAUGUUAAUGUCCCUUAUUACGCCAACAUAACUUUUUUCGUACUUGAUUUUGUUUUUUUGUUAUUGUUGAUGCUGUUACUGUUGUUUUUGUUAUUGUUGUCAAACGGAUUCAGGUGAAGCUAGAAGCACAUGCUGCAAAAACCUUCGAUGUGUACAAAUUAUGGGUGUUUGCUGGUGCAAGGAAAAACAUGAACCGGAAAGCGCCUAUUUGCCCCAACAAGAUUUGUGUAAUGGUAACAGCGAAGACAGAAAUUCCUCUUAUGGUGUUCCAAUUGUGGGUGGUACACAAAGCUACCUCUUGGAAAAGACGCAAAAAGAUCCUGUCGAUGCAGCCACAGUUGAUACAUUAGUCUUAGAAACUCUCAGUGUAAUUGGAUCCCUUGUAGAUAAUGAACAAGAGCCACCCCCUUCCAUGUUACGUCUGCAUCACAUAGCCGAUCACGAAGAGGGUUGGAUUCAACUAGUUAAAUCUAUGGUGAAUGUGAUUCCUUUAGACGAUCCUCUAGGGGCCUCCGUCAUAAUUUUGCUUCUGGACGAUUGCCCUUUGCCUUCUCGGGACACUGUUCAAAAAGUGACCACAGCUUUCGAAUUAUGCUCCGAGACAGGCAUGGAACAAAUGAAAAGAGACGCCAGAAAGGAGAGGAACAUCUGCGUGGUCCUUGGAUGUGUAGCAGAAAAACUAGCGGGUCCUACAAGUCUUGGAAUUUUAACUGAUAACAUUUUAGAUUAUCUCAUUGGCAAUUUGAAUUCAGAAAUCGAAGAACACAUCAUAUUAUUUUCGAUGAUUGCUUUGGAGAAGUUCGCGCAAACUACAGAGAACAAAACGACGAUUUGGAAGAGGCUUCAGGGUAUGGAAGUGUGUCCUAUUUCCUACUUAGAAAAAUGGGCUAACGAGACAGAUCUUCUCCGGAGGCAGGUUGGAUUUUGCGCUCAAUGGGUCUUAGAUAACUUAUUUAUAUUGAAAAACAGAAAGUAUUCUUAUGAAACAAUGGAUAUGUCGAAUAUUGGGGCGAUGCUAAACACUUCAGACGUGAGCGAGUACCUGAAAAUAUCUCCGGACGGUCUGGAGGCGCGUUGCGACGCCUACUCCUUUGAAAGCGUUCGAUGUACAGCGCAGGCUGAUUCUGGAGUAUGGUACUACGAAGUCCUUAUUGUUACCUCUGGGGUCAUGCAGAUUGGUUGGGCUACCAAAAAUAGCAAGUUUUUAAAUCAUGAGGGUUAUGGUAUUGGAGAUGAUAUGUAUUCUUUAGCUUAUGAUGGGUGCAGAAGGUUGAUAUGGUAUAACGCCAAAUCGGAAUUCCAGAACGUAAGUCAGUGGAAGUCCGGGGACAUUUUGGGCUGCCUUCUGGACCUCAAAAAACCCGAAAUCGUUUUCAUUUUAAAUGGACAGAGGUUACCACCAUGUACACAUGUGUUCACUAUGGCCACGUCGGGAUUCUUUCCUGCAGCCAGUUUCAUGUCAUUCCAACAUUGUCGCUUCAAUUUCGGUGCAGAACCUUUCCGGUAUCCGCCGGACAUUCCUUUUUCUUCCUUCAACGAUCACAAUACGUUAAAAUCGGAGAAUAAGGUUGUCAUGCCUCGUCACAUCUUCCUAAAGAAACUGAUGGAACAGAGCAUCGGAGAAGACUGUUGUACUUUGUGUUACGACGUUAAAGCUUCUGUCAGACUGAUACCCUGUGACCAUGGGGGUUUCUGCACAAGCUGUGCCUUUCAACUAAACGAGUGUCCGAUGUGUCGUACCCCCAUUCACUUGGUCAUCGACGAAUCAGGAGGUAUUUGUUUGCCAACUAAAGAAGUAAAAAACUAACUAACUUGUAACUUUUUUUGGUGAACUUUUAAUUUAUUUUAAUUUUCAAUUUCGUCAGCAAAUAAACAAAUCAGACAGAAAAUUAAUUUGUAUUGACUUAUUGUUAAUGCGAAAUAAGCAAUUCUUUUAGUCGCUAGUGUUAAACCAACAGUUGCAUUUAAAAUAAUUAUCAGUUGAUGAUUAACAGUAAUUGUAUUGUAUGUACAAAUAUUCGACGCCUUGUCUAGAGACUAUUUGUUAAUUAGGUAAUUUGUUUUUUAUUUUAUUUGUGCCUAUUGUGUAUAUUUUGUAAUAUAUGUAAAUAUGUAUUAUGUAGACUAAGUCAUCAAAUUAAUAUGUAUUAUUUCUAUUAAUUAAUGGCAAUCACGAUGUAUUAACUGUUGUUUGUGAACUGUAUUAUUAUUAUUAUUAUUAAAAAUAAAAUGUCGAGUUUU